GUUGAACUUUACUCAAUACAUCGUCUUUUUUCCAAUUAGGCGACAAUAUAGAACCACCUUCCCUCGACAAUCACGUCCCAUUCAAUCCAUCUUCUCGUGUAAAUCAAUCACAAUUUUCCCAUGGAGUUUCUACGGAACGCUUGUUCCAAAGCGGCUUCAUGACUCGCAACAAUCUUCGCGAUCAAUUAACUUGGCUCCUCGCGAAUGUUGCUACAACCGCGCCAAACGCGCCUGUACUACCACCAGCCUUGAACAAUACCCUUCCCGAUACGAUUCCUUCGAUUGACCCCCCGAGAAUCUCACGACCCGAAACGCGUAUAAUCAAUAAUAAUAUCCCCGAACCGCCUUUAUAUCCAGAAUUACCAGACCCUUUGUCUCCAAAGCAAUCCCAUGGGCCGACGAAAUCGGUGUCUCGACCACUCGAAGUACCCGGGGGGGAUUCGGUAGCAGAGAGUGGAAGAAUGGGUCGGUUAACUUCAAAAUCUAAUUCCAAACGACCGAGUCUCGUUCUACGCCAAGAGCAAUUGCUUACUCCUACUUCGACCGGUGGAGGUGCGGGGUCCCUUGCGAAGGAGUAUGCCGCACUGUUGAAAAAUCCAGAUGUGGCAAAUUCAGCUAAGAAAAGGACAUCGCCACGGCGCCAUUUUCCUACGCCGGGUCCGACAUUCGAUAGUGACCGUACCUUCGAUUCCUUAGAUCUGAGUAAGGAUGACAAUUUGGAUACAACAUCUAACUCCGUCGGGUUCGGGGGCAACGUUGCCGUAUGGGAGGAGGGAUUUGCUUCACGGCCGGGGCCGCCUUCAGUUACCACCGCACCUUCAGUCGCGUUUGGACCUGACGUAGGGCUUUGGGAAGAGGAGCAUGCUAUGCGAGCGGAACCAAUUUCAACUACCGAAAACUCUGUGGCGUUCGGGGAAGACGAGAUGGUAUGGGAAGAAGAACAUGCUUCGCGCCCAGCGCCGUUCACUCCCAAGAGAGGCCAAAAACGAAAAAGCGAUCAGUUGAACCCAUCACCCGCUACUAAUCUCGGUGGUAUAGAUGAAUUCCCCGACAUUUACGAGGUUUUAUCUAAAGAGGAGGUUGCACAGUCUCAUCUUAAGAGAUCCCCGACGAAAUCUCCAGCAAAGUCGAAAUUGAAGACCGCAGCUAGCCAAACACCAUCAAGAGGCAUAACGUCUUCUAGAAGGGAGACAGCUCGUCGAGCUCGGAAAGGGACAGAUCCUAUCGAUGAAUCGCCUCUUGCUGAGGGCACUGUGAAGCGAUCUCCGCUCAAACCAAACGAGGUUUUCCCCAGUGUAGCGGUUACCCCUGGGGAUCGAAGCGAUUCGCCUAUCAAGCUUGACUCAUCCUCGGAAAAUACCCCAACCACCCCUAAAGCAAAGACUAAGAAAAAGUCCCAAUCUUCGAAGCGUAAUGACCGAAUUAUCCAGGAUUCGGAUGAUGAUGAUCUCAUGACUCCUACUGGGGACAUCCCGGGUAGCACAAUUUGUUCAAGCGGUCGUCCCAGGGCUUCUCUUCGGAUAUCUCAAGGACCCGAUGAUGUUGUCGCCUUUGACACACCUUCGAGACCGAGACAAGCGCCACCGACUGAGCAACGGACUCCGUUCCGUUCACCUAGAAAGGACGCAUUACCUAAAGCUACGAUUCUAACCUCUGAUUACGAUAUAGGAGCGGGUCCCUCGCAAGGAUCUCAGCCUAGAUCUCAAACACCUAUUUCAAUUAGCGACGAAGAGAAGGAUGCUAUUUUUGAACUGUUUUUGGCCAGGCCGUCAGUAAUUGAUACAAGGAGGAGGCAGUUGGAAACGAAACUCCAAGAAAAUAAAGACACUUACAAGCAAUCACUCAAAAGUGGAAACCUUGAACCUAGAGGCCGACUCAAACAAGAGAAAGAGCGUUUAGUACGGCAACAGGCAGCCCUGGAUGAACUUUGUAGCGAGUUUCGUUUAUAUGAGGAGGUUCAGGCCAAAAAAGACGCUUUAAUUUCGCGGAUAGCGGAUGCCUAUGACCAGGAUCUCGACACAGAGGACGACGAAACACGUCUUGAGGAAUUAGAAGGCUUACUCAAUGGACGCCGAGUAUCCUUAAAAGACAGCGUCGUGAAAGCGGGCAUCGACAACAGGAGUAUUUUCGACGUUGGCGAGACGGAGCCUGACCAUGUCAACCCUGUGGUACAAGCGACCCAAGCGGCUAGAACUGUUCCACCAGUGAGCUUUUCGAGGGAAUCAACCCUUAUCCCGCGGGGUGGCACGCAAGUCAUCUUACAAACACAAAUACCUCAACAGGCAAAUCCUCGGUUAUUUGCUAGUCAAUAUUAUGGGGAGGCGUCUUUACCACCUCCAAAUUCGACAGGAGGGCGCCGUCGCCGCAUUGCAUCACCUUCUCCCGACAUGGAUUUGGAUAGGAUGAUUGAUGACCAGCCACCAUUUGCCGCGGCUAGCAGCAAGCUGACAAGAACUCCGAACCGUCAGAAGUCUACCGUGACGAUAGAACCAGAUCCCUAUGGCUUUGAAGAUGACGAUGACUUGUUUGAUGACCCGUUGCCCCCGCCCAGCCGCCGAACCACAAAAAAAACAACGGCGAAUGGCAAGACUCAUAAGAGCCCGCCCAAAGCGAAACAGAGCCACCAGCAGGGUUAUCAGAGCGACUACAGUGAUGAUGUUGAUAUGGUUCAAUUUGCCGAACAGUUUGAAUUUCAACAAUCGUCAACGGAGAGUCGACAGCCCAAAGCCCAUCGUACUGUCCUCUCGGAGACGUCUGGAAAUGCCGGUGUAAGACCUGAGAAGGCGACCGGGACGAAAGCGGUGGACCCAAUGGCGCCAACCCAGAUCCCGCGAGAACUGAAAACCCGGCCAUGGUUUAAAGACGUCAGAAGGGCGCUUAAAGAUAGAUUUCGCAUGACUGGGUUCAGACAUAACCAGUUAGAAGCGAUAGAUGCUACUCUAGCGGGUAAGGAUGCAUUCAUUCUCAUGCCUACUGGAGGCGGGAAGUCUCUCUGCUACCAGUUGCCCGCCGUCGUUACUAGCGGGAAGACUCAUGGUGUUACGGUCGUCGUAUCGCCUUUGCUCAGUUUGAUGCAAGAUCAAGUAGACCAUCUGAACGCGCUCAAUAUCAAAGCGGCUUCCUAUAGCGGUGAAACCAAAAAAGAAGAACGGCUGGAGAUACAGGGGUACUUACAGGAACGGAACCCUGAACAUUAUCUACAGCUUCUCUACGUUACUCCCGAAAUGAUCAACAAGAGUAAGGCCUUCACGGAUUGCUUGAACGCCCUCUACCGCAACGAGAAACUGGCCCGCCUCGUCAUUGAUGAAGCCCAUUGCGUGAGUCAAUGGGGCCACGAUUUCCGGCCGGACUACAAAGAACUUGGCAACUUUCGAUAUAGUUUUCCUGGGGUGCCUCUGAUGGCAUUGACAGCCACUGCGACCCAAAAUGUUAUCCUGGACGUUAAACAUAACCUGGGGAUUGAAGAAUGCAAAGAGUUUUCACAGAGCUUCAACCGUCCUAAUCUUUACUAUGAAGUCCUCAGAAAGGAGAAGGAUAACGUUGAGAGUAUUGCCGACUUGAUCAAUUCUAAAUAUAGUAGUAUGACAGGAAUAGUCUAUACGCUUGCUCGCAAGUCGGCGGAGAAGAUUGCAGAGAAGCUACGGGGCCAUGGCAUAGCAGCCCAUCAUUACCACGCGAGCAUUGGUGUCGAUGAAAAAGCGAGAGUCCAGAAAAACUGGCAGGCCGGCCGGAUCAAGGUUGUGGUCGCAACUAUUGCCUUUGGGAUGGGAAUUGAUAAGCCCGAUGUUCGCUUUGUCAUCCACCAGUCCAUCCCAAAGAGCCUUGAGGGAUAUUACCAGGAAACUGGUCGUGCUGGUCGAGAUGGUCUGCCAUCCGAAUGUUAUCUAUAUUUUAGUUACGCCGAUGUAACAUCCCUGCGGAGGAUGAUCACGGAUGGUGAUGGCAACGAAGAACAAAAAGAGAGGCAGAGAAACAUGCUGAACACUGUCGCAGCAUUCUGUGACAACCAGAGUGAUUGUCGACGAGUCGAGAUUCUUCGUUACUUUGGAGAGGCGUUCGAAAAAGAAAAUUGCGGUAAAACCUGCGACAACUGUCUGAACAACGAAAUAUUCGAGCAGAAAGAUUUUAGCGAAUACGCAGUGGCCGUAUUAAAUAUUAUCCGGUCUCAAGGAAAGCUCACGCUCAACCAGUGUACGGACUUCUUGAUGGGAAAGAAAAAAAUAUCGGAAUACAAAGACGGAACCGAGCACUAUCGUGGUAUGGCCAAGCAAUUGCCGAAACACGAAAUACAUCGUAUCAUCGACCGGCUGCUUGCUGAAGGUGCAUUAAGAGAGGAAAAUGUCUUCAACAAGAGGGCGAGAAUGGCCAUCCAGUAUUUCCGAGUCGGGUCAGGGGCACGUCUCUUCUUAAAUAACCAACGCCAACUUUUCUUGACUACCCGAGUUAAGGGCAAGGAUAGUCAGGGUGGUCCAUAUAAGAGACAGGCGCGAAUUAACCAACCCGCUGCUCCCGCAACGAAGAGGGUCACAUCCGCCCAUGCUCCCUCUACGAAUGUGUCCUCACCCGUUCUGGGUAAGGAUCGCAAAAGGAAAGGGAAGGCUAUAUUGACCUCGGAUAAUGAAGACCCGUUUGCUUCUGAUAAUGGGUAUGCCAACGAUGGCUUUGUGGUCCCUGACGAUGAUUCCGACGAUGAUUUCGAGACAAUGCCCCCUCGCAGAGGCAGAACCCAUCAAAAAAGAGUUGGCCCCCCGAUAUCGCGCGACGAGCGUACGGCCGGAUUAAAUGGUCUGCAUGAUGAUGUAAUCAGUGGCUUUCUUGAGGCAGCCAAAAUAAAGGAAGAAGAAUUACGGAACUCUAAGAAUCUACGCACGCCUAUUUUCACGGAACAACAACUCAGAGAAAUGGCUAUAAGAUGGACCGUGUCAUUAGAUCAAAUGCAUAUGAUUCCUGGUAUCAACAGCGAUAAGGUAGAUAGAUACGGUAAUUCGUUCCUGCCCCUGAUCCAGCGAUUUCACAAAAACUAUCAAGAGAUAGUUGGUCCGAUGAGCCCCAAAACUGCCGCCGCGGUAACUGGCACUCAGAAUGUGGUUGAGAUUUCCUCGAGUGAUGAUGAGGAUAUGGAGGACGUGGAAGAUCAAGGCGCUGUGUCGUCUUAUUUCGCACCUGGAGAGGCACGAGCGAGACGAGGCGCUACGGCAUCAUCUCGUGUACGCUCGAUCUCACCAGCUCCUCAACAACCAAGGAGUAGUACAUGGCGUGGUGGCAAGAAACCAUUUAGUAGACGGAGCUCGGGUGGUUCUAGCAGAGGAGCAAGGUCAUUCGGAGGUGUCAAGAAGAAGGCUGCUACAGGUAGUCGGAAGACCACCACGGGCGCAUCCGCGCGCUCAACAAGUAAGGCGACUGGCGGUAGUAGGGCCAAGUCGCAAAGUGUAGGCAAUAGCGGCAUCGGACUUAUGGAGCAUUAACGAAUCGGCCCAAGUUUUUGUUUAAAAGGGGUACGCUAUUAGUAUAUAAUAGUCACUACUCACCCUACUUCUCGCGCUUUUUUCGCAUGGCAUGGAUCAACGACUGCAUGGUAUGGUGCGGCUACGGCGCGGCGUACUUGGAGGCGUCUUUUUGAGGUUAUCUGUUUUUAUUCUUUUUUUGCCGACCUGGCUAUGAUUACACGAAGGAUGGCGGUGGCUAGAACUUCAUACCCUUGCCUAACAGCAUACAUCAUGUACCUUUUCUCACUUUCCCACAAUCACUGACAUUGCUAUCCUUCUAUCC